AUGUCAGCCACGAAAGCGGUGGGAAAGAAGAAUCUGCUGCUAUGUUUCGAUGCAUUUGGUACUCUGUUCACACCCAGCGUGCCGAUCCCAGUUGCGUACGCUAGAGCCGCAGCUCGCCACGGUAUUGAUUGCGGCGACACCACACACGCAAAGGCAGUAGCUACAUCAUUUAAGCAAGCAUUCAAGCAGGAGUCGAAACGUAAUCCAAAUUAUGGCAAGGCUACAGGACUUGGAGCGGAGAAGUGGUGGGGCACCGUAAUACGCAACACCUUCAAGGAGUUUCUCAACCCUGGAAAUGAAGUUCCACAGGCUCUUAUUAAAGAGCUGUUGAAACGAUACUCAACGAAAGAAGGCUACGAUCUUUACGAUGAUGUCCAACCCUUCUUCGAUAUGCUGCGCAAUGGACCAUUGAGUAAAACCAGUUCUGCUUGGACAUGGGACAAAACUGUUGUUGGCAUCAUCACAAACUCCGAUGAUCGCGUACCAGGAAUACUGGAAUCUUUAGGCCUCAAGGUUGGCCCGAGGAGGAUUGGUUCAGCCGACCAGCAUGAGGCGGAUGCGGCGUUGGGCGACGACGUCAAUUUCGUCGUGCUGAGCUACGAUGUUGGCUUCGAAAAACCAGACAGUAGGAUGUUUGACGCCGCAACUGAAAUGCUCGAAGAAACGCUAGUGGGCAACCAGGAGGGGUUAACGGUCGAGAAUUUUGAAAAGCUAUAUGUGGGUGACGAUCUAGAGAAGGACUACGAUGGGGCCGAAGCAGCAGGUUGGAAUAGCGUGUUCCUGGGCCGUAAUCCCUCGAGCUCGGGGGGCAAGUCUGAGGCCGAGAAGAAUUGGAAGCUUGGUAACGCCGAGGUGGUCGAUAGGAAUGGUAACAACAGGACUGUGCUGAUGACGAGGGAUUUGGGAUCUUUGAGCCAGUGGCACGCUGAUAAGAUUAAAUGA